AUGGCACCCUCCUCCUUCGACCUCCUCUGCCUCGAGAACCCGCUUCUGGACAUUCAAGGCCAGGGCGAUACCUCCCUUCUCUCGCAGUAUGGCCUCAAGCUCGAUGACACUCUCCUCGUCGACGCUGAUAAAGAGCCCGAAAAGAUGGGUCUCUACGACGAGCUAAUCAAUAACCGCUCUGCCAAACUCAUCCCUGGUGGUGCUGCACAGAACACCGCCCGCGGUGCCCAGUACAUGCUGCCCAAGGACUCGGUGUGGUACGUUGGAAGCGUUGGCGACGAUGAGUACAGCAAGAUCCUCCGAGAGAAGUGCGCCGAGCAAGGCCUCCACGUCGAAUACCACGUCGACUCAGCACCAACAGGGAAAUGCGGCGUCGUCAUUACCGAUCAGCACCGUACCAUGUUGACCCAUUUGGCGGCCGCCAACAACUAUAAGCUCGAGCAUCUCAAGCAGGAUCGGAUAUGGGACCUCGUCACCAAAACAAAGAUCUUCUACGUCGGCGGCUACCACCUCACCGUCUGCGUUCCUGCCGCCAUGGCACUCGCCAAACACGCCGCAGAAACAAAUAAGCCCUUCAUGCUGAGUCUCAGCGCUGGCUUCAUUCCACAAUUCUUCAAGGACCAAGUCGCUGAAAUCAUGCCGUACUGCGACUAUGUUUUCGGGAACGAGAACGAGGCCUCAACUUGGGCUGCCAGCAAUGGCUACGAAGACAAGAAGGAUGACCUACACGAAUGCGCAAAGUUGAUUGCCACCAAGCCAGAAAAGAUCAACAAGAAGCAGCCACGUGUGGUGAUCAUAACACAGGGCACGGAUCCGACCAUCGUCGCCGUCAAAGCCGAGGGAAAGGAUGUCGAGGUCAAGGACUACCCAGUCGCAGCGAUUUCACCGAAGGAGAUCAAUGACACGAACGGAGCAGGCGACGCGUUCGCUGGCGGCUUUUGUGCUGGUGUUGUCCAAGGCAAGGGUCUCGAGGAGUGUAUCGCCAUGGGCCACUGGCUGGCGCGGCUGUCGUUGGGAGAGCUGGGUCCUUCAUAUCCCUUCCCCAAGCAGACGUACACCUCGUCGUAA